AUGCAGAAGAUUGCUAGCUCUUGGCAGGAGAUUCUGUCGGACUGGCGGGAUGGGGACGACGUGAUUGUGGAGAUGUGCCUCAAGGCGGUGGGCAGCUGGGUCAGCUGGAUUGAUAUUGGGCUGGUGGUGAACCAGGCCAUGCUGGACCUGCUGUUCCAGCAGCUGGGACGGGCAGAGAAACAGGAGCUGCGGGCGGGCGAGCAGCGGGUCCGGGAUGCUGCGGUGGACGUCUUCACAGAGAUCAUUGGCAAGAAGAUGAAGCCGGCAGAUAAGAUUGAGAUGAUCGUCUUCCUGAACCUCGACUCCAUUGUCACGCAGCUGUCCAACAGCCCACCAUUGCACGAGAACCGAUUCACAUCGAGGUACGACACGGACCUAGCAGAGACGGUGGCCAAGCUGGUCAAUAGCACGGUCAUGGAUAUUGUUCGGGUGCUGGAAACAGACUCGGGCGAGGUGAAGGAGAAGGCCGAUAACCUGCUCCAGGUCUUCCUCCCACACGUCCUGCGCUACUUCUCGGACGAGUAUGAUGAAGUCUGCUCGACCGUCAUCCCUUGUGUCAACGACAUGGUCACCUACCUCCGCAAACUCAACAAGGCCAACCCGUCCUUCCAAGAGCGGAACAAGUCGAUUCUGCUUCCAGUUCUCAAGGCAAUCGUGGCCAAGAUGCGCUAUGACGAGACCUCGAACUGGGGAGAUGAGGAUGAGCAAACAGACGAGGCGGAGUUUCAAGAAUUGCGGAAACGGUUGGGUGUCCUGCAGCAAGUCAUUGCCUUUACGGACGAGGAACUUUACAUCAAUGCCAUCUCGGAGGUUGUGGGUACAACUUUUGAAAACUUGCGGGCGUCGGGGGGCCAGCUCGACUGGCGCGACCUGGAUCUUGCGUUGCAUGAAAUGUAUCUGUUUGGAGACUUGGCGGUCAAGAGUGGUGGUCUUUACAUGAAAGGCGCGCCCAAUGGGCCGGCCUCGAGUCGGUUAAUUGAGAUGAUGCUACACAUGGUGGAGUCGGGUAAGUCCAACCAGAUGUUUCAAAGCAGGGCCUUGUUUCUAAUCUGA